AUGUUAACUUUUGAUGAUGUUUUAAAGGAUAUCGGAGAGUUUGGAAGAUACCAGAGGUGGAUUAUCCUGCUUUUGUCUUUCAGUGGGGUGACAUUUUCAUUCCUGAUUGUUGUUUUUGUUUUUCUGGGAGUGAUUCCAAAUCACUGGUGCAGGGGUCCUCCUGGCACUUUGGAGCUGAGGGAAAAAUGUGGGUGGUCUCUGGAACAGGAAAGGAAUUACACAGUGCCUCUGGAGAAACCAGGAGGCUCCUCAUACAGUCGGUGUGAAAUUUAUGAUAUAGACUGGAAUGCAACUUUUCUCAGCUGUGACUAUCCCGUGUCACUAAUCACAAAUAAUUCUGGCGACGUACUGCGUACGACUUGCAAGAAUGGUUGGUUUUUCGAUGGUUCACGUACAACAAUCGUAAGCGAGUAUGAACUUGUAUGUGAAGAUGCCUGGAAAGUGGAUAUGUCUCAAACCUGUAUUGAAAUCGGCUUUUUUCUCGGUGCACUGAUCACAGGUUAUGCCGCAGAUAGGUUUGGCCGAAAGCUUUGUUUACUGACCUGCCUAGCUGGAACAGGAAUUUCUGGGAUAGCUGUCGCAAUUGCACCUACUUACCCAGUGUUUGUGAUUUUUCAAAUCCUGGAAGGCUUGUUUGGAAGAGGGAUAUGCCUGAUAAAUGCUGUCAUUGCCACAGAACUGGUUGGACCAAGAUACAGAAGAGUCAUGAUAUUUGUAACACAAGCGGUCUUCUCAUUGGGUAUAAUGUUACUUCCUGGUUUUGCCUACAUGAUUAAAUCUUGGAAAGGAAUCCAAAUGGCCAUUACCGUCCCAAAUUUUGUUUUGCUGCUGUACUGCUGCUUACUCCCAGAAUCUCCUCGGUGGUUGUUAUCUCGCAAGAGAAUUAAAGAAGCAUUGAAAAUCGCUGAGGAUAUUGCAGAACAGAAUGGCAAGGAUCUCCCAUCAACUUACAAAGAGAUGAUAAGAGGAGAGAACAGUUCUGAAGAGAUAAAGAAUCCUUCCUUACUGGAUUUGUUUAGGACACCACAAAUGAGAAAGCGAACACUUAUUUUAAUGUAUUCCUGGUUCACAAGCAGUGUGGUGUACCUUAGCCUAAUCUUGCGUUUAGGAAUCCAGGGAGGUGACAGUUAUGUUGACAUCUUUGUAGCUGGAGCAGUGGAACUGCCAGCAACAAUUCUUGGUUUCCUGGUAGUUGAGCGUGUGGGACGGAGGACUCCCUUUGUAGUCUCCAACAUAAUGGCAGGAACAUUUUGUCUACUGGCAGCUUGUAUUUCAGAAGAUAUGCACUGGUUCAAAACUGCUGUUGCUACAUUGGGCAGAUGUGGAAUAACUAUGUCAAUCAGUAUACUUUUCCUUGUGACCAAUGAACUGCAACCCACAUCAUUAAGGAAUUUUGGUGUUUCGAUAUGUUCAUCCCUAAGUGCCAUUGGUGGGAUUGCAGCGCCAUUUGUGCUCUUCAACUUAGCAACCAUUUGGAGUGAACUUCCCUUGGUAAUUUUUGGUGCUCUUUCUCUGGUAGCUGGUGGUUUGGUGCAGCUUUUGCCUGAAACAAGGGGCACGAGGUUACCUGAAACAGUCGACGAUGUGGAAAAUAUUAUGCGGCUUUAUGAAUAUGACCAAGAUGAAUGCAAAGAGAUGAUCAACCUCCGCAUUUCCACCUAGGGAAUGAAGAGAAACAUAGUGGAGGAAGAAGGAGGGCCUUGCUCUGGAGAUUGAAUCCUAAAUCAGGACUUAAAAGAAAAAUCUUAUCAAUCAUAUUAUGAUAAAUUAUCUUCAUUCUACUGGUAGAGUUUUGUGCAAAGACAAAAUUGAAGGAAUAAUAGGUGUAAUUUUCUACUUCUUAAUAUAUCAAAUGGAAACAUGUGUCGUAUUAUUUUCAUAAGGGUACAAAAUGGGCAAUAAUAGAUUACCUGUUACAACGUUUAUGGGAAACAAUAAUGAACAUAUAAAUCCCCAACUAUUACACACUAAUGAGCACAAGAAGUUUAAUUAUCAAGUUUAACAAUUUCUCAAGUAUAAGGAGAGCCCAAUGAAAGAAAUGACUGUAGUACAUUUUAAAAUUACAGUGCUUCACAUUUCCGUAAGGAAAAUAGUUGGCAAAAAAGACUCAGUGGAAAUGGUUUUCAAAUCAAACAAUAUUAAAAAGCCAAUGAAUCAAAAAGGAAAGAAGUGAAACACUUGAUGGCAUCAAAAUGGAGAGCAAGCAAAACUAAGGGAAAUAUU